ACGAGUUUAAAGAAACUGGUAAACCAAUUUGUAAAUUAUGUCAAGUUCAACAUUGGUGUUGUUCAAUUGAUACUUGCACAAAUUGUUGUUUAUUAAAUAAAUAUAAUGAUAUUAUAUGUGAUUAUUGUAAAGUAAAUAAUAUUGAAUGUAAGCAAGUUGUACCAACAACUCAAGAAGCUUAUAAUAAAAUUAAAAAUGAUGAAUCUUAUAUUGGUUGGAAAUAUGAACCAACUGAUUCAGAACAAUUACAUGUACAGAUAUAUAUGCAAUUUUAUCCUGAUAAAAGAAAAACUUUAUUAGCAUAUAUGUUAAAGCCUUAUGAUCAUUGUAAGAAGCAUUCAGAUUGUUAUUGUGAUUAUUAUGACAUUAAUCACAGAUAUGAUAAAUGUGAUUCAAUAUGUGAACGAAAAAGUGCAUUUUGGGGAAGAGGUACUUUAUCAAAAGAAAUUACUGGUCUAUUUGAGUUUGGUGAAUUUAGAGAAAUUGAAAAGAAAUAUACUAAAAAGAGAAAACUAGAUAUAAACGAAUUGAAAGCUAAUGAACAUUCUGGCAGAAUAAAUAGUUCAGGAAAAUCUGGUUUAGUUACUAAACUAUUUUCUAGAGAUAAAAGAGAAUUAUAUGCUAAUAAACCAACAAAACAACAAAAUAAUUGGUAG